AUGCUUCUGCGCCGCAAUAACUUUACCCUCCGACGUCAUCUCAGAACCAAAUCUGCCAUUUUCCCAAGACUCAACGUCGAAUGGUUUGACGCGGAGAUGAUAUCCUCUCCACUCGAAGUACUUUCAGGACAAAUCACCCGGAUCUGCGGCCAAGGAAACAUCUCUCUCCACCUUACUGUGGUGGCUUUUCAGCCUUUGCGCCAACAAGCUCUACAACGGAUCCAAAGCUGCAGUAGAGAAGCGCUUAGAAGAAAAACCCUUAUCGAAGAUGAGCCUCUGCUCAGAGAACUGAGUCCAUCGGGGUCGCAGUCCCAAUCGCGACUCUCCGGCGUUUUCCACAGCCUCUACCCGUUCGAUUGGCCUCGGCUCUACCAUGAACACAAUUCUGCUUUUCCUACAAACCUAUGGAUACUGCAGUCAUUCCAGAUAUGGACCCAGUGCUCUAAGGGACUUUAUCAUGAACCUUUCGCCGUCCUUGCCAACUCUUUCUGGGUGAAUGCAGCUUUGACGAUCUCCCGGGGCUUCUCUCGCGUACCCGCAUGCGUUGUUUGUCCCGUGUCUGCUGCGUAUGGUCUCGCCCAUUAUCAUUUCACCCAUCUUCCCGUUAGCUCUUCGCCUGUCAUUUCGACCGGAGCGCGCUAA